AUGCUCGCCGAGGCAGACACCCUUGCUCACCCCGACAUGUCCUCGUUUUGUCUCGGAGAAAUUGCAUCGCUUUUGCCACCCAUCUGGAGAGAGGUCUAUGCUUGCAAGACGCCAGCCACUCAUGUGUCCUGGGGAGAAAACCGCCAGGAUCCCGUUGCGUUCGAAGGAUCGUCGAUCGGAGAUGAGUGCAAUGCCUGGCUAUCGUCUAUAUUUAACCCCGCGGAGGACACGGCGCUAUCUCUCGAGAGACGUCUAGGCCCGAAACAGGCAACGGCGUUGCGUCCUUAUUGCGAUUCCACCGAGCCCGGCGAGGACUCCCGAUGA